AUGCCCGAAACAACCAUCCAUGCUGUGAUCUUAUGUCCGAAAUCACUUCAAUUAUGGAGGAGGAGUGGCUGCCAUGACGCUCUCCCUUUCACUUCAUCAGACUCCUUUGGUGAGGUGCUUCUAGGUUGGGCUAAAAAUCUCUCGGCUGAGGUGUUCCAGAAAUGCUUGUUCCUCACUUGGUUCAUAUGGUUUCGUCGCAAUAAAUUGGUAUUUGAAAACGUGUGGGAUCCGGACGAAGCCAUCCUUCUCAGACACAGCAGGUUGGUAGCCGACUUCGGGGAGUAUACUGAACGAAUUUAUGGGGGGAUUUCUCCAUCUUCUGCCCCAGCCAGUAGGUCGAAAUGGGAUCCUCCUUCUUUCGGUCUUGUGAAGGUGAAUGUAGACGCAAAAAUUACUGAGGAUGGAUGGGUGGGACUAGAAGCAAAGGCAGCGCUGUUCGAGAUCAGGAAAGCUAAGGCUCAUGGGCUCAGAGAUAUUGUCUUGGAGGCUGAUUCCCUUGUGCUUGUCACAAAGAUGAAAAAGGGAUCCUUUUCCUUUGCGGCUAUUGAUGGUGUUUUAGAAGACAUUUCUUCCGUUAGUUCGGAUUUUUCAUCCAUAGUUUGGUCUCAUGUAAAACGUGAUGGGAAUUUUGUGGCUCAUCACUUAGCAAGGAGAAGUUAUUGGUUUACUUUUGGAUUUUGUACAAUGCUCCUUGGAGCAUUUACUUAA